ACGUCACCACCCGAGAUUUGCCUUCUUUGCAUCUCAAUGCGGAACCAUCCCGACUUCCCAGCGCAAAAAAAAACAGCAAACAGGAGAAGAUAUCAGGCAACGGAUUGAUCCUAGUACCAGCCACAUAACCGUCGGCUCCUUUAUUUCCUCUGCUUCCCUCCCUCUGCUUUCAGCCAACCCCAUCAAUCUAUCUGCAUCGAGGCGAUCGAUGGAUCCCGACAUUCAAUCAUGAGCCAAGAGUAUUUCUCACCGAAGGGCAAGGGCAAGGGCAAGGGCAGUGGCAAGUCCCCGACCGAACCGGAAUGGGACGACGACAGCGAGCAGCAUGAUCACGACGCUGCAAACCCCACAAACUCGCCCGGACAACCCGGCUACAUGCAAGUCGGUUCAGGUUCGACAUCACAGCACGCCGCCAGACUGCAGUCGCUCCUGGAAAACGACUCGGGCUAUGGUGGCAGCAUAGCCGAUGGCGAUUUCGGCUCCAGUCGAUUCCCACUGGGCACCAUGUCGCCGCGAACCGAUCCCAGCCUGGGAGACAACCCCAUCCUCGCAGCUACUGCCCAUACCGAAAACGAUCGCAAGAGCCAGGAUGCCACUAUGCACCAGCUGUGGUAUAACCAGCAGCGCCUCAAGCUCGGUCGCUCCAUCAACAGGGUUGUCGAGAUGCUGAAAAGCUUGCAAGAGAUGAACGUUACGUGGCCAGCUCACUACCCUUCCGUGCAGAGAGCCGAAACCGCGCUGCCUACCCGGGAAAGAGAGCGCCGCGGCUCCUCUUCCGGCCGCCCAAGCUUCCAUCAGACACAUUCCAUGAUUGGCGCCGAGCCAUCAAGCUCCCGCCACCCCGGUGGUGGUUUGCGACGAUCCAUGACCACCGUCGACGAGAACAGUCGCGGCGAAUCUAGCAAGGAUGCCGACGCGAAAUCGGUCACUGAGCCUCGUCUCAUGAGCCCCCAGAUAGCCCAAGAGUUUUCCAUUCUCAAGCUCGACCUCAAGCUUGGUUCUUUACAUCAGGCCGAGCUGGUCCAUUCUCUCGAGAAGGGCUCCAUUGCCUCCCUGCUCGAUGGAAAGAUUAGCUCAAGUAUCAAACACCUGCAAUCGUUACGAGAAAGGAUAGACGAUACCUCGAGCAAAGUUCUCAUCACUGGAGAUCUCAACGCUGGAAAGUCAACCUUUUGCAAUGCUCUGCUGCGAAGGAAGGUCCUUCCCGAGGACCAGCAGCCAUGCACAAGCAUCUUCUGUGAGGUACUAGAUGCUCUGAGAGAAAAUGGCGGCGUCGAAGAGGUCCACGCCGUACACAAGGACGCCAUCUACAAUCGUCACGACGAGACAACAUACGAUGUUUACUCUCUUGAAAAACUAGAGGAUCUCGUCCUGGACAACGAGAACUAUAUGCAAUGCAAGGUCUACGUCCGAGAUGUUCGAACACUUGACGAGUCGCUACUCACCAAUGGAGUGGUGGACAUCGCAUUAAUUGACGCCCCUGGCCUGAACUCGGAUACGACAAAGACGACAGCUGUGUUUGCGCGCCAGGAAGAGAUUGACGUCGUAGUGUUUGUCGUUUCCGCAGCGAACCACUUCACCAUGACUGCCAAAGAGUUUAUCUGGGCGGCAGCGGCAGAGAAGGCUUACCUUUUCAUCGUCGUAAAUGGUUUCGAUGGUAUACGAAAUAAGGAGAGGUGCGAGAAGGCUAUUCUGGACCAGGUUCAAGGUCUCAGUCCACGAACAUUCAAGGAAUCCUCUGAAUUGGUUCACUUUGUUUCCAGUAACGCUGUGCCAACAGCGUCACCGCCCGGUGGUCCGGAUGGAGGAGGCAGCGGUAGCUCAAGUGGAGGCGGUGGCGACGAUGAUCCAAGCAAUGAUCCCAAGGGUAAAGGCAAGGACAAGGAAAAGAUUCGGGACUUCGAAAAGCUCGAACAAUCAUUGCGUAGGUUCGUUCUUGAAAAGAGAGCAAGAUCAAAGCUUGCUCCUGCCAAGACGUACCUGAACAAUAUUCUUAACGACGUCAAUGUUCUCGCCACCGUCAAUUCCGAAGUUGCACAGUCAGAGCUCGACCGUGUCAACCACGACCUACAGGAACUUGAGCCCUUGCUCGAGGCGUCGAGGAAAGCAAAGUCGGAAGUCAGCGAGGAGAUUGACCACACCAUCGAAGACACGUGCAAGGAAAUCUACGAUCAGACCCGGAUCGCCCUCAACCGAGCAAUUACCGACGCUGCUGAAGGGAACCUAGGGGUGCCAUACUCUGGUAUUUUCAACGCUUUCCAAUAUGCCGAAGAUCUCAAGGAAGCCAUGCUGUCCGAAGUCCAAGAAUCCGUGACUGCAUGCGAGGAGAACGCUAGAACGAAGACUGUCGAUGGCGUUGAAGCAAUCAAACAACUCGGUCUUUACCAUCUUGGCGAUGAGUAUCAGGACCUGAAUUUCCGCUCAGACGUCAUGUUCCGAAGACGCAAGGACCAGCUUGCUAAGCAGAUCGAUGUACCGACAGAACUCUGGGACUUUGUGGACUGGUCCACCAUCGUCCAGCGUCAGGAGAAGGUUGCUGGUACUGGCAUGGCCUUGACCGUGGCAACCGCACUCGGAAGCCGCAUGAUUGGUGGAUAUGGCUGGAUGGACCACACCAUGAGCGCAGCGAGAGUCCUCGGUAACGAUAACCUACGGCGGCUGAUUGUCCCUGGCAUCCUCGUGGCAGGUGUGUAGUAUUCUUUGCAUUGGUGUUCAAGUUCAAGACUAACUUUGUCAUAGUUGUUGGUGUCGCCGCUUAUG